GUGGGAGGCGGAGCCAGGGACGGUGAUGUAACGCUCGGAAUGGAGAAAGGAUCCGGGCGGUGAAAGGCGGGAGGAAGACGGGGCUGAAAAACUCUUUGUGCGUUUGCUGGAGUCAUGAUGUCACGAGGCCCGAGGACCGGGGUCAGGUCUGUGGGCCAGGAUGGGACGCUGGGGUCUCCACAGGCACCCGGGAUGUGCGCAGGUUGGGUGGUGACGUCAUGCCCAAGGGCGGGGCCUCGAGCUCCGGGGACGCAGGGUCAGAAGGAGGCUGGGGCCGGGAGUAGCGGAGACACUUGGGAUUGGGAAGAAAUCAGCGGCCGGGAUGGGCUCGGCACAGAGCAAGGACAGAGAAUGCAGCGACUGGCCAUGGACCAGCCGGCCGGCCUGCAGGUGGACUACGUCUUCCGGGGUGUGGAGCAUGCCGUGCGGGUGACAGUCUCUGGGCAGGUGCUGGAACUGGAGGUGGAGGACCGGAUGACGGCUGACCAGUGGCGGGGCGAGUUCGAUGCCAGUUUCAUCGAAGAUUUGACUCACAAGACAGGGAACUUCAAGCAGUUCAGCAUCUUCUGUAACAUGCUGGAGUCGGCCCUCACCCAGAGCAGUGAGUCAGUCACCCUAGACCUGCUGACCUACACAGACCUGGAGUCCCUGCGCAACCGCAAGAUGGGGGGCCGCCCAGGCUCCUUGGCCCCCAGAUCAGCCCAGCUCAACUCCAAGCGCUACCUGAUCCUCAUCUACUCUGUGGAAUUUGACAGGAUUCACUACCCGCUGCCCCUCCCGUACCAGGGCAAGCCGGACCCGGUGGUCCUGCAGGGCAUCAUCCGCUCACUGAAGGAGGAGCUGGGCCGUCUUCGAGGGCCGAACGGCCAGGACGCUCGGGAUACCCGGGAGACCGAGAUCUGGCACCUGCGGGAGCAGGUGUCGCGCCUGGCGUCUGAGAAGCGCGAGCUGGAGGCGCAGCUGGGCCGAUCGCGCGAGGAGGCGCUGGCCGGCCGGGCGGCGCGCCAGGAGGCCGAGGGGCGGGGCCGGGGCGGGGCCUGCGAGGUCGUGGUCCUCAGAGGGCGCGGUUGGGGACGAGGCCUCAGACUGCAGCUGUCCCGGCUGGCGGGGAACUGGACGGCCCUUCCUCUCCGCUCCAGGAGACGGACUCCGCCCGUGGUGCCGCCCUCGACCCGCGAGGACCGGGCUUCCUCGUCCCGGGAGCGCUCCACGUCGCGUGGCCGCGGUGCUGCGCGCUCCUCGUCGCGGGAGAGUGCCCGAGGGGGCCGGGGUCGUGGCCGGCCUGCCCGCCCGUCACCCUCGCCCACAGGUGGUCGCGUGCCCCGCUUCGACCCCACGGCUUUUGUGAAAGCUAAGGAGAAAAAGCAGAGAGAGAUCAGGAUGAAGCAACAGCAGCAGCGGAACCGUUUGGGCAGUGGAGGCAGCGGGGACGGCCCCAACAUCUCAUGGUCUCGCCAGGCCCGGCCCCCUGCCGCCUGCCUGGCCCCGCCCUCCUUGUCGGGCGCGGGGAAUGCAGCUAACCGCUCCCGAAACCGCAGCUCCUCGGUGGACAGUUUCCGCAGCCGCUGCUCGUCCGCCAGCUCCUGCAGCGAGUUCGAGGACUUCUCCGAGUCUCUCUCCAGAGGUGUUCACCGCAGGGGCCGUGGGAAGCCUCCCAGCCCCACACCUUGGAGCAGGUCCAAUACAAAGUCCACCCCCCUGGAACGAGGCCACCAUCAGAGACGCCUGGCUAGUUCUGGGGGCUGGGUCCCCAUCAGAGAGUACAGCUCGGACCACCAGGCGGCUGACAUGGCCGAGAUAGACGCGCGCCUGAAGGCCUUGCAGGAGUACAUGAACCGGCUGGACACGCGGUCGUGACCCCGGCCUGGACAGGGGUGCUGUCACUCCACCUCCCACCUUCCACAGGGUAUGGUGUGGAGGGCGGGGCUAGGCCGGCAGCCCGGUGCAGGCCACGCCCCUCCUGGUGCUCCUGGGGUCUCAGGUGUGUGAGGCCCCAAGCCCGCCCUCCCCAGGCAGUGCAUGCUGGGAAGGAGGACAUGUGUGUGUGUAAAUAAACAUGUUUGUCCUGGGA